CGAAAAUGGCGGCGGUUCUGGCGGUUUGAAAACUGAAUGGAGGUGGGGAUUAAGAGAUGGUAUAAUGAUGUCAGAAAAUGGGGCAGAGGAAAUUCCGCAGAGGAAUGCAAAGAAACAUUUGAGAGUCUACAAGACUUAUCAAGUUUUCUGAAGAAACUUGAGGUGGAACUUCACAAAGUGAAAGGUGACUCAAAUGUGAUUUUAAAGAAAUUUCCAAGUGUGGGGAAACUUCUUGGACAGCUAUAUGAGAACAAUGUUGUUUUAUUGUCAGAUGAAGUGUUUCAAAUUGUGGUGAGAUGCAGUUUACUUUUGUCAAACUGCUCUGCAGUACAAGAAAAGAAUCUUAACAAAAAAGCAAAGAGUUGGGUACAAACUCAACUGAGACGUGCAACCACACCCAUUCUUAAAAAUAGUAUAUUGCACCACAUUGGAGAAUUUUGGGGCUACACAGCUCAAGAAUCCUUAGAAAUAAUGUUGAAAAAGUUGGUGUCAUCGAUGUGUCAUGAUUUAGAAGUAUUACAAGGCUUCUUUUGGAAUGAAGAAGAAAGAGAAUUUUAUCCUCAGAAACCAAUAUCAGGACUAUGCUUAAAGGAACUAUCUGAAUUUUGCCUGCCUCUGAUAACUAUACCACAAGCAAAACCUUUGGUGGAAAAGAUUCUUUGCAGCCAAAAAAGCUUGGAUUUGGUGAAAAGUUGUCACAAUGAAGGUUUCCUUGUCUCGGAAAGUGUCCCGCAAGUGCUUUUGCAUGCUGUCUCUCUCAACAAAGGGCUGUUUUUAUCAUAUGAUGCGCAAGUUAGUCUGUGGAAAAGGCACCAACCCAGCUUUGAAUCAGAGAUUUUAGAUUUGAUCGAGAUAUCAUCCAUCAAGAGGCCCUUUAUUUCCAGAGACCAACUCAGGGAUCUGAUUUCUUCACGUAGACUGCCUCGAGCUUGUGUGGAAAAUCCAGAAUUCUUUGCUGUUGCUUGGGGUAUUUUAAGUUCAUUUCUUGCUCGCUCUGGAGGAAGCGCACAAGUAGCAAAGCUGUUGUCAGUAUUUGGGCAAAUAUGUGUCGAGGAAUGUCAAGAGGGCCGCCAGCAGGUUCUCUCGACGUUUUCAGAAAUCUUUCCCGACUUUUGUCAGCCGCUUGUGCGGAAACUGGCUUUCCGCCCGCGCGAUGCAGCAGAUGAGGAAUCUGUCCUGACGAAUUUGCAAAAUAUUCAUCUCGAUCUGGAAGAACUAACACGGAAAUUAUCACCAAGUGAGUUGUUCAAUGUCUGGAAAAUACUUUGGUGUUUUCCCUCGUGGGAAAGAGAAGCACUGCGAAAGCUGCUUUUGAGAUCGAGUAAAGAGGAGAUGUUGAAUUGUUGUGUCAACAUUUUUUGCUGGUUUCAUGUUCCACCUUUGUUGGACAAGCAUUCUUCGUUAAAGGAAGCUGUAAGAGAAAUUGUUUAUCCUAUGCGUCUACUCAAAUCAAAGACCAGGCUUCAGUUUGCAGAUAUUCUGUAUAUUUUGUCAACAUGCCCUGUAUUACGUGCCUCGGAGGCGUCCAUUUUGUUGAGUAGGCUGUUAUUGGUCUUCCUAUGUGAUGCGUUGGGUGGCCAUUUAGUGUUUACUGAGGUAGUAAAAUUGUUCCUGCCGGAAGGUACCGCUGUGAUACGUUUGUCAUUUGUGAUAGACGGUUUGGAAAAUAUUUUUGAUGGAGAGGAAUCUGUUUCCUCAACUGAACAGAAGAAAGCUCGACUCUUAUUUGUCCAGGAAAUAAAAUGUUUAUCUGACGAGGCUAAAAGGGAGUCUCUAGUGGCGACCUUAACUGAGUCAGAGUCCAUGACCCAAACUGAAGAACUACUAACUAGAACCAAAACACUUAUAACUGUGUUGCAAACAGACCACAUUUAGGUUUAACCCUUUAACUCCCAGAUCAAAUUUGUCAUUCUCCUUCCUGUCAACCAUACAAUUCGUAUUAUGUUAGCUCAGAGAAUUUAGUAUUGGAUCAACUUGUUACCCCCAAAUUGAUAUUUUUCUUUAUUCUCAUCUUUUAUCUAGUUGAUAUUGUAUUGAUAUUGUAAGGAGAAAUUCUGUCUUGGUCACUCAUGGGAGUUAAAGGGUUAAGAGGAUCACUACAAACCUCUUAAUAAGAUUAUAACCUACGCACUGAUACCCAAAAUCCGGAGCUUACCAGCGAAUUGUGUACGAUAUAUCGAAUAGUGAUAUUGAAAGAGAGAACUAGAGGGCUUCACUGAGCACCUUGGCAGGUUGGCUCUCUCUUUUAAUGUUACUGUUGGAACUACUAGAUUAGAUAGGGACCUUUGAUUUUUAUUUGACGAGAAUAAUAUUUGAAAUUGAGAUU